AUGAGAAUUGCAUAUAUUGAAAACCAGACUGAUGAGAACAUGACAUAUCACAUUGCACUCUGUAUAAAAGAGGACCACUCUGAGCAAUAUCAGACUGCAGAAGAGAUAUUUGAGCACCUCAAGUCAAUAUAUGAGGAUGCUAACAAGCUGCAAAAUGCCAAGAGUGAUUAUCACAAGCUGAUUAUGUGCAAUGAGGACAAUUAUCAUGAAUUUGUCACAAAAUUCUUACAUCUGGCAGAUGAGGCCAAGAUUGUCAAAGAGAACUACAAGACAGACUUCAAUGACAAGCUGUUCUUUGACCUUCAGAGGAUGAUGACAGUAGUUAAUGCAAUCAUCAAUACAUAUGCUGAGUUUCAGAAGAUCUAUGCUCAGGCAGCUCACAUCCUUCAGACAAUCAAUGUCACUCAGAAGUCAAAGAGCUUGCAGGAAAAUGAGUCUAAUAUCUUCAAGCAAAACACUCUCAUCUCAGUCACAAAAUCCUCUAUCAUAAAGAAAGCCUUGGGUGCUCAUUCAGAUAUUCAGUGCUACUACUGUAAGAAGAAAGAUCACAUUGCCAGAAACUGCUCUGCAAAGAAGAAGUCUCAACAGAUGAUUACUGAGCUCAUAGAGAAUGACACUUCUGAGCUUUCAGCAGAUUCAGAAAAAGAAUGA